GCGUGGCGGCAUGAUUUCUAUCACUUCCCCUGCGCGUCUUCACAGAGAGCUCGCGGCAACGGACACUCAAAAAUAGGGCUUCAGUUUACCGAUAAGUACGAACUGCUUCCCUUCCCAAGGACAGCUGCUACGUCUGCCCAGGUCAACUUGUUUGUUCAGUUCUUAAUCAGUGUACGUAGCCUGGUACGCGAUCCCGGGCCGUUCAUCUCCGCAUCGAUCCACGUAUAUAAAUUGUCACCAUUAGCUCAUCUUCUUUAGCUACAUUUGGACACACAUCGGUCACUACCAGGUAGAAUCAAGAGUCUGGCACACUCCAUAUCCAUAGUCCUUAGUACCGGAGAUGAGUACAGCAACUGGCAGUGUUGGUCAGCUGCUGGCUGUUCUUCCCAUUCUGCUGUCAUGGAUCGUCUUCUCCUCCGUUGCGUCGACGGAAGCGCAGCUGCAAGUUGGGUUCUACAACUCCACUUGUCCGAGGGCGGAGGAGCUCAUCCGCAACGUCGUCCUCGCCGCCAUCCGCCGCGACCCCGGAAAUGGCCCGGGCCUCGUGCGCCUCUUCUUCCACGACUGUUUCGUCAGGGGGUGUGAUGCGUCCGUGCUGCUGGAUGCCGCCCCCGGCAGCAACGCCACCAGCGUGGAGAAGGCGUCGCAGGCGAACAACCCCAGCCUCCGUGGGUUCAGCGUCAUCAACCGCGCGAAGCGUGUGCUGGAGCGGCGGUGCCGGAGGGCCGUCUCCUGCGCCGACAUCGUCGCCUUCGCCGCGCGCGACGCCUGCGGCAUCUUGGGCGGGAUCGACUUCGACAUGCCGGCGGGGCGCCGCGACGGCCGCGUCUCCAGCGUGUCCGAGGUGCUCAACAACCUGCCCGCGCCCUUCGCCAACGCCACGGCGCUCGUCAACAGCUUCGUUGCCAAGAACCUCACCGCCGACGACAUGGUCACGCUCUCCGGCGCGCACUCCUUCGGCCGCUCCCACUGCUCGGCCUUCUCGUUCCGGCUGUACCCGCAGAUCGCGGCGGACAUGAACGCCACCUACGGCAGGUACCUCAGGAGGCGGUGCCCCGCGGCGACAGGGCGCCGGGACCGGGUGGUGGACCUGGACCCGAGGACGGAGCUCCUGCUCGACAACCGCUACUACAAGAACGUGCAGACGCGCAAGGUCCUCUUCACGUCAGACGUCACGCUGCUCAGCCAGAACGAUACGGCGGCGCUCGUCGACCUCUACGCGCGCAACUGGACGCUGUGGGCGUCCCGGUUCGCAGAUGCCAUGGUGAAGAUGGGUCACGUCGACGUGCUAACCGGCAGCCUAGGGGAGAUUAGAAAAUUUUGCAACAGAGUAAACUAGCAAGUGUUCCUCUGAAUGGAUGAAGCCGCCUUACUGUUGCCUUCUGUCCAACUAAUUGAGUUGGCCGAGAAUUCGUAGAUUGGUUGCAUGAAGUUCAAUUUGUUUUCCUUUUUGAUUUGGAAAAGGUUCAUUGUAUUGCUUUGUGGAAAAAUAUUCAAUCUAU